AUGGACACAGGAACUAGCGAUUCGAGCGAGAAAGAGGAGAGGAGGGCGCGACGAAAGAUAGAAAAGGAGUUUCAGGAGGAAGAAAUGCGUGAGAUCAGGAUGCUACAAAGGAGAGCUGCUGGAAAACGAAAGGCGUGGCUAGAACGAAGACAAAGACAGAAAGAGCAGGCCAGUUCGCUUCCAGGUCCCCAUGUGGAGGUAGGGGAAGAUGAGUCCAAAGGCAUCAACAAGAGAAACACGGGAUCAGAUGCAGAACCAGGAAAGAUCACCCUGACCCGAGCAGAACCUGCCAUCGACCCUACUCUAAGUCAAGCUGCUACCUCCGGGCUGAGCACCCCCUCUCUAUAUACCUUUCCAGCUCUUAGCUUGCGAAUGCUGGGCGCUGCAAAUCGUGUGACCUCCUAUAAGAGUCCAUACAGCCAAGGCCCAGAUGCAAACACCGCCUAUAAGAGUCCAUAUGGCAAAGUCCCAGACGCAAACACCCCUUCGCCAGGCCCACAUCAGUAUGAAAUUCCACACGCAACAAGUCCAUCGCCUCGUCCAGUUCCCCGCCCGGCUACUUUCGGCGUAGGUCCGGACCAAGACGCAACCGACUCUGAACCUAAUAUCCUGUCGAUGCAGCAACCAUAUGGUCCAGCGGCGAUCAGACAGUCGAUUCCUGCCAAGCGACCCUUCGGGAUGCCCAGCGAGCAGACCCAGUCUCCGCCGAAGAAGAAGCAGAAGCAGGCGCAGAAGCAGGCGCAAGAGUCGGACAUGGAAGCUGGUCAAUCUCAGGGCAGUCCUGGCACGAUCUUUGGAUCGCUUUUCAAGUGGCGGUUCUGA